AUGAAGUUCUUGCUUCUCCCCAUUCUUGCCGCCGCCGCUGUCGUGGCCGAACAGUACACAACUCUCGUCCUAGAUGCCAAUCCAAACAACUUCUUUGACCACUUCGACUUCAGGACCGAUGAACCAACCUCCGGCCAUGUUCAAUACCAGACUCGCCCGGAUGCGGAGAAAAUGGGACUGAUUCAGCAGAGGCCGGACCAGGGAUACGUUUAUAUGGGAGUCGACCACUGGGCCCGCGCACCUGACGGCCGCCCCUCCGUCCGGGUCGAGAGCAAGAUGCUGUUCACGCAUGGACUGUUCCUAUUGGACGUCGAUCACAUGCCGUAUGGCUGUGGCGUGUGGCCGGCUUUUUGGACUUACGGUCUUACGUCCCCUUGGCCAGAGCUCGGCGAGAUCGAUAUCAUCGAGAAUGUCCACAACGCUCGGAAUAAUUCUCAGACCAUCCACGUCUCCCCCGGCGACUGCAGCUGUCAGUUCGUCCCUGCGGCGCAUGACCAAAUGACUGGCUGGACAAAAACACCGUAUUGCACCCUGCAGAAGUCGGCCCAAUACCUCAUGACUUUUGAUCCGCGAGAGGAAAGCUAUGGCAGACCGGGCUGGAAGGGCGGUGUGUAUGCUAUGGAGUGGACGGAUAAGCGAGUCAGGACUUGGUUCUUCCCGAGGGAUGACGUGCCGUGCGAUGUGAACCAGGGGACUCCGAAUCCGGAGACGUGGGGAACGCCCGUGCUCAGUGUAGAUACCCAGUGCGGCAUGAACAAGAUGAAGGAUCAUACGGUAGUCAUAAACACCACCUUCUGUGGUAUGUGGGCAGGCAAGAAAGAGAUCUGGGAGCAGGAGAGUGGAUGUGGCCAUCUGGCGGAUACUUGUGAAGAUUAUGUCACCGAUAAUCCCGAGGCGUUCGGGGAGGCGUAUUGGAAGAUCCGUAGUGUGAAGGUGUGGAAAAAGUGACCUCGAUGUGCAUGGAAGGUGCAGUUGUUAGAGAUUUGGAUUUAACCUGGGCUUUGUGUUUUUGUUGUUUUUUUUGUUUUUGUGAAAGAACGUGGCUCGUAGACAUGGUUGCGGUUGAUGAUUGAUGAUUGAUGGCUUCAUUGAUAAGUCUAUAGAUAGAUAGAGUACAGUACGUGUGAAUACAAAG